UUUAUGCUACCAUCCCAACUCAGCACCAUCUCAACCCAGCACCAUCCCAUCCUCACGCAAACAAUCCUCAACCUCUGGGUAUUUAAGCAGCCGCCCCCCCCCCUGACAAACCUUCUUCUGUAUUUUCCCCGACCUAUCUUGCCUCUU